AUGGCUCCCAACGGUUUGAAGCAUUUAUCCAACGCCCUGGCGACGCCCGAUCAACUGUCCAACUCUUCGUCCUCGAUCGACAAUGUCCCAUCUGACCUCGAAACCUCUAUUCGGUGCGCGGGCGCCCAGCUAACUCAAGCCGCUGGGGUGCUCCUACACCUGUCGCAAGAUAUAAUUGCCCAGGCGGUCGUGAUCUUCACGCGUUUUUGGCUUGGCGCUGAUGGGGGUAGCUUGCGAAUCUACUCAGUCAAGGAUGUGUCCGCCGCAGCCUUGUACCUGACAGCUAAGCUUUCUUUCCAACCAACUUCGCCACGCUCCGUCCUCAACGUCUACACAUUCCUCCUAUCGCAAGACGCGUCACCCUUGUGGUUUGUGAAACAGAGCGGAGCUCCGGAGACCCCUCCAUCCCCCGAAACCUAUAUCCUGUCCGAGGGAGGCUACCAGUCCGCGCGGCUCGUCCUCCUCCGCACCGAAACGAGUAUCCUCCGUACUCUCGGCUUUGAUACACAUGUUGCUCUACCACACACCAUCGCUUUGACCUAUCUUCAAACUUUGGGUGUGGUAAAGCCCGCUGUGGCUCGACGGGUCAUCCAGCACCUUAAUGCGGCGUUGCUCUCGCCCCAGCUUCUUUAUGUCACCCACCAACCAAAUGCCCUGGCUGUGGCUGCCAUCUACCUCGCUUCGCGGGAGGAGGAGGUCAAGCUUGUGGACGGCGAGUGGUGGGAAGUCUUUGAUGUCGAUCGCGAAGAGCUCGGCUUUUUGGUUGUAGGUAUGAAGAGUACAGAAGGCUUCAUGCGAGCGGAGGUCAUUCGGUGGAAGAACAAAGCUAUUCCAAUGGUAGUAGAUGAAGUGGAUGCCGAAAUUGAGCGACGCCGAAUGAUGGAGGAGGGUGAAUGA